GCUCACUUCAUAAUGAAAGGCUAUUAUCUGAAAGAUAGUAAUUAUGAGAAAUUGACAUGUCACUUUCUUUUUGCAUAUUAUAUAGAUGAAGCGGAGUUAUAUUUUGCAUCAAGAGCUAAAGUUCAAAAAAUAGUAGAUAAUGUGAAGUGUAUUGGAACUGGAGGUAAACAUGCUCGUAAGUACCUGAAACGCCCGUUAGGCCAUCAAACAUUUGCAGCACAUGUGAAUAACUUGAUAUCUGUGGUAGAGUAUGCUUCUGAACAUGAUCCAUAUACAGGGGAUCGAGUCACAGUUCAUCGUGUAUCCCGUGAUCAUGGGGUGAAUGAGCAAGACAUCCAACGUAGAGAUAUCCACCUUGUUCGUCAAGUGGAUGAGCCAGACAUCCAAAGAGAAGUCAGCGAAGAUACCAUGAUACAUCUUCUUACAAGGAAAGCGGGGAAGAUUGAGCGUAGGGAAGCAAACCAAAAUUGAAGAAUUGCUCCUCUCUCAAAUAGUUUCCUGGAUGACUCGGCAAACCUGUUGGGUCCUCUAUCAUUAGAUUGUGUUGCUAUGUAAUGAGCAACCAACAAAGUUUUGUUGAAAGAAACAAAAAGGGUAGCCAGUGUUUUCAGUAAUUUACGCAGGUUGGUUUAGUUACAUAUUUUGGAAAAUGGAUACUAGUCUAUUUAAAAGAACCAGAGAAUUACACCGGAUGUCAAACGCUACACACCACGAUGAUCAUUUUAUAUUCUAUUCUUA